UAUAUAUAGAUGUAUAUAAUGACUAUACGUGACACAGCAAUUAUAUACUAGCAAAAAGAUUAAUUGUAAAUAUAUUUCAAAAGAUAAUUCUUAAUUUAAAAGAAGUGAGAAAGGUGAUACAAUUACGAAACAUGUCUGAAAAUGACACUGUCAUGGUUAAGAUGCUUCACGUCGAAGAUGCAUUAAAGGAAUCAUUACACCGAGUGGAAGUAAUAGAAAAAAGAUUGAAAACUAAGUUACUUACCAUUGAAAAUCGUGAAAGAUUGGAGAAUGAAUUAGAAGAAGUUAAAACAGUUCUUAAAAUAAACGAACAAAAAUUAUAUGGUUUACGAAAAGAGAAUACGCGAUCUUUCAUGAUUGCAGCUAGCAUUAUUUUUAUCUGUUUUUUAAUUUAUGGUUUGUAUUGUAUGUUUAAUACAAGAGAGGUUUCCAAACAUUUUGUACAUACAGUAUAAGGAACUGUAUUAUGUGUUUCAAGUAUUAUCGGUAUAAUUACACCGAUAUAUUUUACCAUUUUUAUAUUACAGAACUAUACUUGUUUUUUAUUCAAAACAAAAAUUAAAUAUAAAUAUAUUACAAUAUACUUUUACAUUUUAUACAAAUAAUAUCAAUAAUAUAGAAGUAGAUCAACAGCAUUAAAGUACAUUAGGCAAGUUAAUUAACAAUGUUUGUUAUGUCACUGUAUAACAUCGAUAUAAAUUUAGUUAUUUAUAUAUAUACAUAUACAUACAUAUUAAAAAAAAAACAUAAAUAAAAUUUCAAAGAAGAUUGCUUUAUGUUAAGCAUUGUAAA